AUGGAAGCCUUCAAUGCCUCAAUGCCCUUGCCUUUCUCAUACCUAUUCACAAGCGAAGGCUCAGCUGCUAAUAGCUCGUCAUCGUCUGGCGAUCCAUGGAUGGACACUAGAAUAUGGAGCAAGCUUCCUCAAAGCCUGCUCGAUCGCGUGAUCGCGUUUCUUCCACCACCUGCCUUCUUCCGAGCUCGUUUGGUUUGCAAGAGAUGGUAUGGGCUCUUGUUCUCCAACACCUUCCUUGAACUCUGCUUCCAAGUAUCCCCUGACCGCCAUUGUUUCAUCUUCUUCAAGAACAAGAUCCACAGCACCUACAUUUACCAAAACAACAACUCCAACAACAACCACCCUAGAUCAUCAUCAUCUGCUAGUUAUAGCAUGGAAGGCUAUCUGUUUAACCCUUAUGAAAUAACGUGGCACCGCCUUUCUUUUCCUUUGAUCCCUUCUGGGUUUUCCCCAUGUGCUUCUUCUGGUGGGCUAUUGUGUUGGGUUUCCGAUGAGGCUGGCACGAAGAGCUUGAUCUUAUGUAACCCCCUUGUUGGUUCCUUUACUCCACUGCCCCCAACACUUAGACCAAGGCUCUUCCCUUCGAUCGGCCUCACCAUCACUGCAUCUUCAAUUGACGUUGCUGUUGCCGGAGACGAUUUGAUAUCUCCAUACGCGGUGAAAAACCUCUCUUCUGAGAGCUUCCACAUUGAUGCUGGCGGGUUCUUCUCGCUAUGGGGCACCACUUCUUCUCUACCUAGGCUUUGCAGCCUCGAAUCAGGAAAGAUGGUGUACGUGGAAGGGAAAUUCUACUGCAUGAACUAUAACCCAUUUAGCGUUUUGGCCUAUGAUAUAGGGAGCAACAACUGGUGUAAGAUUCAAGCCCCAAUGAGGAGGUUCUUGAGGUCCCCGAGUUUGGUGGAGAGCAAGGGAAGGUUGCUUCUAGUGGCAGCUGUUGAGAAGAGCAAGCUCAAUGUGCCAAAGAGCUUGAGGAUUUGGUUUCUCCAAGAUUGUGGGACAGCUUGGGUGGAAAUGGAGAGAAUGCCGCUUCAACUCUACAUUCAGUUUGCAGAUAUUGAAGGUGGAAGAGGAUUUGAUUGCGUUGGGAAUGGAGAGUUCGUUGUGAUCAUGAUAAGAGGGUGUUGGGACAAGGCCUUGCUUUUCGACAUGUGUAGGAAGAGGUGGCAGUGGAUGCCGUCAUGUCCGUUUGUCGGAGGCGGACGGGGCUGCAGUGGUGGUGGUGGCGGUGGCAGUGGCGAGUUUGAGUUGCAUGGGUUUGCUUAUGAGCCGAAACUGGCUACGCCGGUCACUGGGAUGCUUGACCAGUUGACCCACCCUCUUCAGUCUUUCAGUUGUUAG